CAAAGUUCCCGAACACGCGCCUUGGUGCUGGCGGGACGUAACCAACACGGCUGCUCCUUUUCCUCCCGAAAGAAAUGCAUUUUCUUCAUCCUUUUUUUUAGGGAUGGCUGCAUGCUUGACUGAAACAUAUAUAACCAGAGAUGUGUGAGAAUAAAAGCAGUACAGAGACAAAUAUCAGAAAGAUGGAGGUAAAGAAAUAUUCAAAUGUAACCAAUCAGUUUACAUGGUGACUGUGAAGUAUUCUGCAAUCCAUUAUAUGAGAAAGAAGAUAAAGAGAAGCUCAAAAGAAUGAAGAGAUACCAGUUCUCCUACAAUUAUUCAACAGGACGGAGUCUCUUAAUCUUGUUUAUAACAGUGUGGCUGUUCUUGCUUCUGAAACUUCUCAAAUUUGAACGACUGUUAUUCCUUCACAAAGAUAUCUACUUUGUAGAACCCUUUUUAAGCACCUCGUCAUUUGUGAAAAACAAGUACACCCAUUUCAAAAAAGAUUCCCAGUAUGAAAUUAACUGUUCCUCCAUAUAUGAUCAGGAGCCUGUGGAGAUUGGAAAAUCUUUAGAGAUAAAGAGAAAAGAGAUUAUUGAUUUAGAUGAUGAAGAUGUUGUAGCAAUGACUAGUAACUGUCAGAUAUACCGUACAAUUAGAGGAUAUCAUCUAAAGCCCAUUUCCCUGGAAGAGGAAAAAUUCCCAUUAGGUUACUCUCUGGUUGUUCACAAAGAUGCCAUGAUGGUUGAGAGGCUCAUCCAUACAAUAUACAACAGUCAAAAUGUUUACUGUCUCCAUUAUGACCAAAAGUCAUCUAGCACUUUCAAGCAUGCAUUGGAGAAUCUAGCGAAAUGUUUCCCCAAUAUUUUCAUUGCAUCCAAACUGGAAGUGGUGGAAUAUGCCUCUAUUUCGAGGCUCCAGGCUGAUUUGAAUUGUUUGUCUGAUUUGCUUAAAUCUUCCAUUCCAUGGAAGUAUGUAAUCAAUUUGUGUGGCCAAGACUUUCCUUUGAAGUCAAACUUUGAGCUGGUAUCUGAACUUAAGAAAUUAAAUGGAGGAAACAUGUUGGAGACAGUCAAACCAAGCAGCAGUAAAAAGGAACGGUUUAUCUAUCACUACAAACUUCAGGAAAUGCCUUCUGUAUACAUGAAGAUGCCUGUGAAAACAAAUAUCUCUAAAGACCCACCACCCCAUAAUAUUGACGUUUUUGUAGGCAGUGCCUAUUUUGUUUUAUGCCGUGCUUUUGUACAGUAUGUCCUUGAGAGCUCCCUUGCUUUGGAUUUUUUUGAGUGGUCAAAGGACACUUACUCACCCGAUGAACAUUUCUGGGCAUCCCUUGUUCGUGUGCCUGGAACCCCUGGGCACAUUUCAAGGGAAGCCCAGGAUAUCACAGAUCUGCAGAGCAAAACUCGUUUAGUAAAAUGGAAUUAUCUUGAGGAACAUCUCUAUCCUCCCUGUACUGGUACACAUCUUCGCAGUGUGUGCAUCUAUGGAGCUGCAGAGCUUAGAUGGCUUAUCAACUAUGGACAUUGGUUUGCCAAUAAAUUUGAUUCAAAAGUGGACCCUGUUUUAAUAAAAUGUUUGGCAGAAAAGCUUGCAGAACAGCAGAAGGAAUGGGUCAGUUUGUCUUCUGAAAAGCAUUUUAUGCAUAGAACAUUUAUAGAUGACUCAUAACCAUAUAGGAUACCCAUUGACUAGACUUUUUUUUUUUAAGUGAGGGAUUGGCUGAGCCAUAUCUCUCAUUGGACAUGCAACUCUCUGGUCUGUCAUGGUGAACUUCAAGUAAAAGUGUACUAGGUUACCACCAAGCAGCUAUCCUUGCUUAGGGCCCUUGGAGCAGGAGUGUGUGUGUGUGUGUGUGUGUGUGUGUAGUUUAUGUUCCCAAUCUUUUGAAUUUUGUAUCCCUACUAAACAUACUCUACCUUCUCUCACUAGCAUCCCCAAACCCUUGACCAGCACAGCUAAUUCUUGCAUGUUGACAUGUGCAUGCAAGGAUCUAUGGACUGGGGUACUAAUCCAAAACUACAUAAGAAAAUUAUGAAGAAGAACGAGCAAGAAUGCUCUGCUCCGUCCUGCUUAAAACCAUGUAUCAGGAAACAUCAUUAGAACAAGCCAGACAUGCUUCCCAAAUCAGGUUAGGAUGAAGUGGUAGCACAGAACAAUCCUGUCCACAAAUUGGAUUUGGGCCAGUCCUCUCUCAGUAGGUGGUGGUCAACCCACCCAAGUCUUGGCUGGUGGGGAGAAGAAGGCUCCACCUGCACAAAAUCCUAUCUUUCUUUGGAGCAUCAUUUCACCCCACCCCUCCCAUAGUCAGAACUGCUGGCUUAGCCCAUGAAAAUAUUCUACUUAUGAUUAUGUUUAGCCUAUACUGCUACAGGGCUUGAGCCUCUGUUACCUUGAAUUGUAUGUAGUCACUGAUGAUCCCUAUGCAAAGUGAUUUUUUAGUAUUAACAGACCCCUCCCCCACCCCGACAUUACUAGUUGAAUGCAUGUGCGGGCAAUGAGUUGUAUGUCAUGACUUUGACAGCUUACUCUAUUUAUGUUAUUCCAUCCUUCCAAGGUGGCUGAGUAGCUUUGGAAUGGCGUUUUCUGGUGCUGAUGUUCCUUCUGUUUCCCAUGCUGAUCCACAGGAUGGUUCAAAAAAGUGUAAACCAUAUGAUAAAUUAUAGUAAAUUUCGGAACAGUAGUCUCACCAGUGCAAUCCCUAUGGUGUACAGCUCUUUGAACCAACAUGUAUAUAUAACUCAGUGUACAUCUUCUCUGUGCAAUAAUUAGUAUCACUGAUCGCGUGUUCAAAUGUUUUAAUUUUUUUUUAUUGAUGAUUUUGUACUUGUAACUGCUCAGUUAUGGGGGAUACAGAUAUCUUCCCUUCAAGUUGUGUCACCUUUGCAGGUAAUCCAGCUCUUGAGCUGCAAUUUAGCUUUGCCAGUUAAAUGCAAUUUUCUCUCCUUACUAGCAGCCCCACUGCUAUUGAGAUCCUGCAUGUAAGAUGGUGUACAACUAUCAUGGGUACCCAGUGGACAAUGCAUAACACAUCACAUGCAGAUGAAGAGAGAAUGGGGUACACAAUUUUCCCAGCCAAGCCUAUGAAAAUCUUGUGAGGAUUUGGGGGUGGGUGUUGUUUUAUUUUAUUCCUACUUUUUUUUUAGUUCUUUCCAGGUUUAGUGCUUCACUGCUGUUAUAUGUGUGUUCCUAUAGUCAUUUUAAAGGCUGGGGGGGAGAGUGACAGACUUGAAGUUUUCUUCUCCACAUUAUUUUUCCUUUGAAGGAUAUACACUGACCCCUCUACAUUUUCCCUCUACAGUUUUUAUUUCUUCUUUAAAAAAUAUCCUUCCUCCAGCAAAGCUACUUCUUCCUGCAUUAUGGUUGUAUGACCCUUAUAGUAUAGGCAUAUGGAUCAGGUCUAGAAGGACCAUAGGCUUAUGGCUAAAGUCAUUCCAUUGUGUGUGUAUGUGUGUGUGUACACAUACUCUAUUUACAGAUCUCUUAUCUUUUUUUUUUGAGGGAGGAAGCAGUGUUUGCUAAGAAAAAUGUCUGCAAUCAAUUUCCCCUCAAGAUUAAAAAAAAGUAUACAAACAAAAAUGUAUUAGAGUGAAGCACAAUGAAAUCCAUAUUAUAUCUCUAGUUGAAAUUGGCCUUCUCUCUUUAAGGUAAAGCCUCUUUGGGCCUUUUCCUAAUGGUAACUUUUUCUCAGGAUGAUUGUUCGUUAGGUUUAGAAAGCGCAAUCAAAACAUGGUUUUCAUAAUAUGGGUGAGACCAUUAUUUGCUACCUCAGACUUUUGUAUAAAACCAAGUUUGGUUUAAAGUAUGACAAAGAAUAAAUGUUCAUGGCUUUCCCUGGUUAACAUAGAGCUGAUGCCAUAGCAUCAGUAUUCAAAUGCUAGUAUACAAGUUGGCAAUUUGUUGUUAGAAACCAGUUUUCAAAAACUCUAGGUUGGUUUCCCAACCCAUAUGUAACGUUUGUCUUGUACAUGGUUGCCUCAUGGUUGUUGAAUACAAACGGCAUGUUUAAUGUUUGAUUACAGGUUCUAUUUAGCCAUGUAUUGAUCAGCUGGGUCUAAUGUUAGGUGCCUUUCCCUUGCAAUCAAUGAAAUAUGGGAAUUGUAAUAGUCCAACUGAACCAUAUAAACAAAAAUGUGUAAUGUAAAAAUGCUUGAAUGUUAUAAGAUUUAGGGGUGCAGAACCUCAGGCCCAGGGGCCAAAUCCAGGCCUCCAGGGGCCUCCAGUAGCCCAUGAUCUCUUCCCUUGUUCCCACUCCCUUUCCCCAACCACCACCUGUUUAGAGGUUUCCCAGUUUGUGUGCAUUCUGCCCCACCGCAUCCAAGUAGUUGACAUGUCUCUCUUAAGGCUUAGUUAGUGGCAGUAAGAGCUUUAAAAUAACAUGCUGGUAUUUGGUUUUUUGGGCCCACCUCCUUUGCUUUUGGCUCUGCCCACCACUGGAAUGCAGUGGCCCUGAAGAGCUUCUCUGAAAUGGAAUUUGGCCAUCAGGCUAAAAGAGGUUCUGCACCCCUGUUAUAAGGAAAGACAAAAUGAACUAUAUUCCACAAUGAUUGUGUGGCCUGUCUGUCCGUCUUAUUUGUGUCAUAGUUUUGUGUAGCAAUUUUUUAAAAUGAGGCCUGGAUCAUUCUGUCUUCUCCUCUCCUCACCUUCCCUCCAGGAUAAAUAUGGAUAUUGAAGCAUGUGUAAUAUUGUAUUACUGACAGAUCCAGAGCUGUAUUACUAUAGACAGAAGUGUCUCUAAACACUGGAAAAUCUGGGAACCAAAAUGAUCGGGGUGGAAUCAUCUUCCCUAUGAGGAAAGGCUACAAUAUCUAAAUUAAAAAAGGGGAAUCUGGGGCAACAGGACAGAGAUUUAUAAAAGGGUGGUGUGGAGAAAUUGGAUAAAGAAACAUUUUUCUCGCUCUAAUCAGGACUAGACUACAAUGAAACAGAUUGGCAGGAGAUUCAGGAUAAACAAAAGGAAGUAAGCCUUCACACAGGGCUGGACCCAUAAGAGAAAGGUCCACCAGAGAAAGGAAUGACCUUCCGAUGUUCGGGGAUCCCCCCUACACAUGUGCUCCACAGCUUACUCCAUUCAGCUGGAUUUCUUCACUCUUUAUGUAACAUUUUCAGAGGGCUGGAGGUGCUCCAGGGGAAGGAAGGUGGUGGGGAAGUUCACUUCUGCCAGCACAGUUGAUCCAGCUUAAAUUUGGAUCCAGCUCAGAGAAUGUAACUAAUUUAUGGGAUUUGCUGCCCCAGGAUAUGGUAGUAACAGCCAGUAGCUUAGAUUGCUUUAAAAAGGGACUAGAUAAAUUUAAUGGAUCUAUUGAUGGCUAGUAGUCCUGAUGAGGAUAUGCAACCUCCUGGUUCAGAGGCUGUAUGCCAUUGAAUGCCAGCCUCUGAGAGCAACAACAGGAGAGGGCUGUUGCCUGCUUGUCAGCUCCUCAGAUGCAUCGGGUUGGGGAAACAGGACGCUGGACUAGGUGAAUCAUUACGUUCCAUGGGCUCUUGCAUCCUCAUGAAACUAUAUUUAUUGUGUGACUUGAGGGCAUACCUUUAAAGGAGCUGUUUCUGCUGCUUGGAUAUGCUUCAUAGGAAUACUAAGCUGGCUGAAGAAAUGAAUGCCAGCAGCUGCUUUGAAUGGUUUGCCUUGGCACACAAUCACCUCACUGUAUGGAGCUGCUACUGCUUUGUUGGCUUACAGUCUUGUUUCUGGCCCAAGUGCUAGUAUUUAUUUUUAAAGCCCAAAACUAGGAGUGGGGAACCUGUGGCCUUCCAGAUAUUGUUGGACUCCAACUCCCAACAGCUCUACGCCUCAUAACGAGGGAUGAUGGGAGUUUUAUAGUCCAGCAACAUCUGGCAUAGAAUCAUAGAAUAGCAGAGUUGGAAGGGGCCUACAAGGCCAUCGAGUCCAACCCCCUGCUCAAUGC